AUGCUGCUGCUGCUCCUGCUGCUGUCGCUGUUGUCAUGGUUACCCACCAUUCAGCUGCAGCGCGGAGCCGAGAACGCGGGGACGCGCUUCAGCUGCAGACGAGAGCGCGCUUUACGCUAUAGGCGGAGGGGGCACGGACCUGAAACGGAGCGCCCGAGGGCCCGCGCUCUUUUAAGUACGGCUCGUAAACGCCGGCUUCCACGCCUCGGCCGUCACGCAGCCAAUGGCGGCUCAGGAAGGGCCCCCUUUAACACGGGCGGCGGGUUUGUGUUCCAGGCGCAGGCCGUCCGAGCCGGUGUGCUGAGAAGGAGAUGGGCGUGGCAGAGGGUGACGGCGGAGUGUCUGACCCGCCUGGGUCUCAUCGCCAUGCUUUGUGCUCCUGCUCUUGCACAGGUGGAUUUAAACCGACUAGACGGUGAGACAGUGUGUCCACCCCUCCGAAAUGGACAAGACGAUCUGCCAGGGUUUGAUCUGAUCUCACAGUUCCAGUUGGAUGCAAUUGCUCUGAAGGGGGUGAGGAAGGUGGAGGGCUCGACGCCCACUCAGGUCGCCUACCGACUUGACAGAGAGGCUAACUUCCAAAUUCCUACCAGCCUGAACUUCCCGGGCGGCUUCCCUCAGGAGUACUCGUUCAUGACCACUUUCCGCAUGAUCAAGAACACGGUGAACAAGGUGUGGAACCUGUGGCAGGUGGUGGACGAGAACGGCGAGAAGCAGGCCGGCAUGCGUCUGAACGGAGACCAGCAGGCCCUGGAGUUCUUCCUGACCACUCUUGCCGGAGACCUGCAGAUGGUCACCUUCCCCGGCCUGUCCGUCCUCUUCAACACCAAGUGGCACAAGGUGAUGAUCGGGGUGGAGAACGAGCUGGUCACGCUCUACGUGGACUGCCAGCCCGUCGACCAGAAGCCUAUCAAGAGCAAGGGCUACGUUAGCACCGAGGGAGACACGCUAAUCGGGAGGCUGGAUGCAGAUCCUAACAGCUCUGUGGUGUUUGAGUUGCAGUGGAUGUUGAUUCACUGCGACCCGAAGAGAGCUCAGAGAGAAAGCUGCACUGAACUUCCUCUGUCCGAGAUGUAUGCCAAUGCUGAGCCGGAUCCCAAACCAAUUCCCGGGCCUCCUGGACCUCCGGGUUCUCCAGGACCUCGAGGAGCUGCUGGAGAGGACGGUCGUGAUGGAAGAGAUGGUCUUCCAGGCACCCCAGGCACUCAUGGCACACCCGGCAGUAAAGGAGAACAGGGUGAGAUUGGACUGCCCGGACAGAGAGGCCUGCCAGGUCUACCAGGACCGGCAGGGCCGAUGGGGCCGAUGGGACCAAGGGGGCCAGUCGGAGAAAGAGGGCUUCAAGGUUUCCCAGGACCAGCUGGAGCUCCUGGACCUGAAACUGUUGGACCUCCUGGACCUUCAGGAAAACCUGGCAUCCCAGGAAAUGAGGGCAACAUUGGACCUGAGGGACUACCUGGACCGAGAGGUACCAACGGAAAUCCUGGCCUACCGGGUCCUCCCGGCCCACCGGGUCCGGCGGGUUCUGGCAAUCCCGAAGGAAGCGGCGAGACUUGUCAGACCAUCUGCCCUACUGGACCACAGGGACUUCCAGGCCUGCCAGGCAUGAAGGGUCACAAAGGACUAUCAGGUGUGGACGGUCUGCCCGGAGUCCCCGGCGGCAAGGGAGACCGAGGAACAGCAGGAGAGCCUGGACCACCCGGACGUCAAGGAGAAGAAGGUCAAAGAGGCCCUAUCGGUCACACUGGAGAACAUGGAGACAAGGGAGAUCGGGGUCCUCCAGGUUUUAAUGGUCUCCCCGGACCCACCGGACCACCAGGGGCUCCGGGUGUUGAAGGUAUCCGAGGACGAGAUGGACAUCAAGGACCUAAGGGAGAUGAUGGUGCAGUAGGACCUGUAGGAUCAAAAGGCCUCACCGGUGCUAAAGGAGAACCUGGUGAUCCAGGUAAACAUGGUGUGGACGGAGCUCAGGGUCUUCAGGGAGAGAAGGGAGAACCUGGAACUCCUGGACCUGGUGGAAUCAGAGGCGUUGUGGGAAUCCCAGGCUUGCCAGGAAAACAAGGACUUGUGGGACCUUUCGGUCAAAAGGGUGAAACUGGAACUGAAGGUCGUGUUGGUCCGAUGGGUCUUCCUGGUAAACCAGGUGAACCAGGAGCUCCAGGAGACGACGGCAUCCCCGGAGUCAAAGGAGCCACCGGUGAACCAGGAAAGCAGGGGCCAAUCGGGCUGACAGGUCUGCAAGGAGAGUCGGGUGAGAGAGGAGAGCGGGGUGUGAUGGGUCCUCGUGGUAUUAAAGGUCACACAGGUCACAAAGGGGAACAGGGUCCUAUCGGUCCAGGUGGUCCCAAAGGCAGUGAAGGUACACCAGGUAAUCACGGGGAUCGAGGUGUUAAGGGGGACCAGGGCCCUCCAGGAAUUUCUGGAUUGAAGGGAGAGAGAGGAGAGAAAGGACUAAGAGGUGCUACUGGUAAUGAUGGACGUCCAGGACAGCCAGGACAUGAGGGGCUUGCUGGACCCCAAGGAGCACCAGGACUGGAGGGUGACAGAGGGCUGCCCGGACCACCUGGAACCAGAGGAUUACCUGGUCCAAAGCUAAAUGAAGAAAAGAUUCGUGACAUUUGUGCUGCAGUGGUUGAAGAACAUCUGGAUGCUUAUAAGAAGGAAAUAGCGAAGAAGCCUCUGCCUCUUGGUGCACCCGGCACCCCUGGACCCAUGGGUUCACCAGGACCACCCGGACCAGCUGGAGCCUCUGGAGGAGUCGGCCCGAUGGGACCACAGGGACCUAAAGGGCCCCCGGGAUUCUACGGCCUACCAGGAACACAAGGCCCUAAAGGUGAUGCCGGACUGAAGGGUGAUAGGGGAGAUAAUGGUGUUGGACUCCCGGGGCCCCGUGGAGAGCAAGGCAUCCAAGGACCUCCUGGUAAGCCUGGCGUUGGUAAAGACGGCCAAGACGGAGCCAGAGGAGAAGCCGGCACCGCGGGUGCCCCUGGCAACCCAGGAACCAGAGGACCACUGGGUCCACCCGGCAUCUGUGACCCCUCGGACUGCUUUAGGCCUCAACCCCUUUACGUAGUGAGCGGGAAAAAGCCUAUCAGUGUCAAAGGCCCGUGAAUAUAUAUCGUCUAACGAAAACCUUCAUCAUCCGCCACCAUCAUCAUCAACCAAAGCUGAGAGUACGGACGUGUAGUAAACUUGAAGAGACUUCAGAAGUCAAAGUUCGUUUUUAUUAUUUUAUAUUAUUUUAAGCUGACAGUUCCAGUAAGGAGACUCCUUCAUCCACAGAGGACGAUGUUUACACCCAGUGAUUCAUUCCACUGUACAAAAUAAGAAGAAGUUUUUUGUUUGUUUGUUUUGUUUUUAUCAAGUAAGAUGUGAAUACUUGGCUGGAAAGAAGAGCAACCAUGGUCGUCAAUCUUCAUCUUCAUCCCGAGUGAAGAAGAACACGAGCUAUUAACCUGUUGUUUAUUAAUUUGAAUAAAAUAAGGUGUGUUUU